GCCGGGGCUGGACCUGGGAGCCGGCGCCGAAGCGCCAGGGAGCAGCGCGCGCCUCGGCAAGACCCUGACCUUGGAAUUCAGAGCAGGACCCGUGCGCAAACCUGAGCUCAGACCCGAGCCCGUCCCCGUGGAGAUCCACGGCCGAGGGGCCGGAGCUGCCCUGUGCGAAGGAGCCGGGACAGGGGCGCAGAAAGCAUCAUAGACGGUCUCUACAUGAUGUGGCUUCCAAAGACUCAGGGACUAUCCACCUUACAAAUCUGCAAUGAGAAGGCAGGAAUGAAGAUCAGACACCUCAGCUUUCAUCCUGUUAUUAAUCACUCCGUAGACAUGUGUCCCCACUGCAGAGAGUGAACUGCAUGAACGAGGAAAGUUCUCAGGGCCUCAAACCACCAGCACUCUUGUCUCUCGCCCUGAGGAGAAGGCAGAAUCAUGGCGUUUUAUAGCUGCUGCGGGAUCCUCUUGGCUCUUGCCUGGCACUCCUCUGCCUAUGGGCCUGACCAGCGGGCCCAAAAGAAAGGGGACAUUAUCCUCGGGGGGCUCUUUCCUAUUCAUUUUGGAGUAGCAGCCAAAGAUCAAGAUCUGAAAUCAAGACCCGAGUCUGUAGAAUGUAUCAGGUAUAAUUUCCGUGGGUUUCGCUGGCUACAAGCUAUGAUAUUUGCCAUAGAGGAGAUAAACAGCAGCCCGGCCCUGCUUCCCAACAUGACGCUGGGAUACAGGAUAUUCGACACUUGCAACACCGUUUCUAAGGCCUUGGAGGCCACUUUGAGUUUUGUUGCCCAGAACAAAAUCGAUUCUUUGAACCUUGAUGAGUUCUGCAACUGCUCAGAGCACAUCCCCUCUACUAUUGCUGUGGUGGGAGCAACUGGCUCAGGUGUCUCCACGGCGGUGGCAAACCUGCUGGGGCUCUUCUACAUUCCCCAGGUCAGCUACGCCUCCUCCAGCAGACUCCUCAGCAACAAAAAUCAGUUCAAGUCCUUCCUCCGUACCAUCCCCAAUGAUGAACACCAGGCCACCGCUAUGGCAGACAUCAUAGAGUAUUUCCGCUGGAACUGGGUGGGCACAAUUGCAGCUGAUGAUGACUAUGGGCGGCCAGGGAUAGAGAAGUUCCGAGAGGAAGCCGAGGAGAGGGACAUCUGCAUUGACUUCAGCGAACUCAUCUCCCAAUACUCUGAUGAGGAAGAGAUCCAGCAGGUUGUAGAGGUGAUCCAGAAUUCCACAGCCAAAGUCAUCGUUGUUUUCUCCAGUGGCCCAGACCUUGAACCCCUCAUCAAGGAGAUUGUCCGGCGCAACAUCACAGGCAGGAUCUGGCUGGCCAGCGAGGCCUGGGCCAGCUCCUCCCUGAUCGCUAUGCCUGAGUACUUCCAUGUGGUUGGAGGCACCAUUGGAUUUGCUCUGAAGGCUGGGCAGAUACCAGGGUUCCGGGAAUUCCUGAAGAAAGUCCAUCCCAGGAAAUCUGUCCACAAUGGUUUUGCCAAGGAGUUUUGGGAAGAAACCUUUAACUGCCACCUCCAAGAAGGUACUAAAGGACCUUUACCCACAGACACCUUCCUGAGAGGUCAGGAAGACAAUGGUGGCAGGUUCAGCAACAGCUCCACUGCCUUCCGACCUCUCUGUACAGGGGAUGAGAACAUCAGCAGUGUGGAGACCCCUUACAUGGAUUACACACAUUUACGGAUAUCCUACAAUGUGUACUUAGCAGUCUAUUCCAUUGCUUACGCCUUGCAAGAUAUAUAUACCUGCCUACCCGGGAGAGGGCUCUUCACCAAUGGCUCCUGUGCAGACAUCAAGAAAGUUGAGGCUUGGCAGGUCCUGAAACACCUACGGCAUCUUAACUUUACCAACAAUAUGGGGGAGCAAGUGACUUUUGAUGAGUGUGGUGACCUGGUGGGGAACUAUUCCAUCAUCAACUGGCACCUCUCCCCAGAGGACAGCUCCAUCGUGUUUAAGGAAGUCGGGUAUUACAACGUCUACGCAAAGAAGGGGGAAAGACUCUUCAUCAACGAUGAGAAAAUCCUGUGGAGUGGAUUCUCCAGGGAGAUUCCCUUCUCCAACUGCAGCAGAGAUUGCCUCGCAGGCACCAGGAAAGGGAUAAUUGAAGGGGAGCCUACCUGCUGCUUUGAGUGUGUGGAGUGUCCUGAUGGAGAGUACAGUGACGAGACAGAUGCGAGUGCCUGUGACAAGUGCCCAGACGACUUCUGGUCCAAUGAGAACCACACUUCCUGCAUUGCCAAGGAGAUCGAGUUCCUGUCGUGGACGGAGCCCUUCGGCAUCGCGCUCACACUCUUCGCGGUGCUGGGCAUUCUCCUGACGGCCUUCGUGCUGGGGGUGUUCAUCAAGUUCCGCAACACGCCCAUCGUCAAGGCCACUAACCGCGAGCUCUCCUACCUGCUCCUCUUCUCCCUGCUCUGCUGCUUCUCCAGCUCGCUGUUCUUCAUCGGGGAGCCCCAGGACUGGACGUGCCGCCUGCGCCAGCCCGCCUUCGGCAUCAGCUUCGUGCUCUGCAUCUCGUGCAUCUUGGUGAAAACCAACCGCGUCCUCCUGGUGUUCGAGGCCAAGAUCCCCACCAGCUUCCACCGCAAGUGGUGGGGGCUCAACCUGCAGUUCCUGCUGGUUUUCCUCUGCACCUUCAUGCAGAUCGUCAUCUGUGCGAUCUGGCUCUACACGGCGCCCCCGUCCAGCUACCGCAACCAUGAGCUGGAGGACGAGGUCAUCUUCAUCACGUGUCACGAGGGCUCGCUCAUGGCGCUAGGCUUCCUGAUCGGCUACACCUGCCUGCUGGCCGCCGUCUGCUUCUUCUUCGCCUUCAAGUCGCGGAAGCUGCCCGAGAACUUCAAUGAGGCCAAGUUCAUCACCUUCAGCAUGCUCAUCUUCUUCAUCGUCUGGAUCUCCUUCAUCCCAGCCUACGCCAGCACCUACGGCAAGUUCGUCUCCGCCGUGGAGGUGAUCGCCAUCCUGGCCGCCAGCUUUGGCCUGCUGGCCUGCAUCUUCUUCAACAAGAUCUACAUCAUUCUCUUCAAGCCGUCCCGCAACACCAUCGAGGAGGUGCGCUGCAGCACGGCCGCCCACGCGUUCAAGGUGGCUGCCCGCGCCACGCUGCGCCGCAGCAACGUCUCCCGCAAGCGCUCCAGCAGCCUCGGGGGCUCCACGGGGUCCACGCCCUCCUCCUCCAUCAGCAGCAAAAGCAACAGCGAAGACCCUUUCCCGCAGCCCGAGAGGCAGAAGCAGCCGCCGCCUCCGGCCCAGACCCCGCAGGAGCAGCAGCAGCCCCUCCAGCACCAGCAUCCGCCGCCGCAGCAGCGAUGCAAGCAGAAGGUCAUCUUCGGCAGUGGCACAGUCACCUUCUCACUGAGCUUCGACGAGCCGCAGAAGAAUGCCCCGGCGCACAGGAAUUCUACACACCAGAACUCCCUGGAGGCCCAGAAGAGCAACGACGUGCUCACCAAACACCAGGCGUUACUCCCGCUACAGCGCGGGGACACAGACUCGGAACUGACCAUCCAGGACACAGACCUGCAGGGGCCAGGGGGUGGGGACCUCCAGCGAGAGAGGGAGGACCCUGAGGAGAUGUCCCCAGCCCUUGUAGUGUCCAAUUCACGGAGCUUUGUCAUCAGCGGUGGAGGCAGCACUGUCACAGAAAACGUACUGCGUUUGUAAAGGGACAGAGAAGGCGGGUCUGGGGAGGACACGGAGAGGUUUCUCAGGCUCACGGGGUGGUGGAAUCAUCCCUGGUUCCUUUCUCCUGAGGAAGGACGGACAGUGAACCCGUCAAAUGCCCCGAACUUAGUUGCACUGUCUUAAAUGACAGUAAGUUGACUAAUGUUCCUUUUAAAAUUAAAAAAAGAAGAGCCAUGUGUUUCUGUGGUUGUAUUUGUCAAAGCACGGAGAAGACCACAGUAAGAUUUGCUGUUCACCCACAUAAGAGAACUCUUUAUCUAUUCUCUCCUGCCCAGCAGCUCAGAGGUGAAACCAGGAUACCCACCCACGCCCUCCCCCCUUCCUUUUUUUUUUUUAUAUUGAAAUGCUUGCCCUGAAAAUCAUGGACAGCCUGGUCUAGAGACAGAAGUGUGCAGACUGAUUGGAGAUGAGGUUUGCCACCACCGGAGUCUGAAAGACAGAAUGUCUCCAGUGCUGCUCAAAGCCUUGACAGUGGAGAGAAUUUUAAAUGCUCAAAACAUAAGAAGAAAGCGUCUCCUCCUAUUUAUGAAAACCCUAAGAUAUUUGGUCGCCCACCUACUGCUACUGUCAUCAGACAUCAGAAGGUCUGCAUCUUUCUUAUACCAUAUGUCUGGUCUUGUCUAAGAUGUGACAGUGAUACCAUGUUUAGAUUCCAGGAUCACAAAAAUCACCUCAAAUUGUUGGGAAGGGACCGCAUAAACCAAUGAGUUGUAUCUAUAAUUAAUAUUGCUAUGUGUAGCUUCAUCUUUAAGAAAAUGCUUCUGUUGUAAUAGUCCAUGGACAAUAUAAAUUGAAAAAAAAAGUCACAGUCUGGUUUAUAUAAGGCAGUAUUAUUGAGCACCAUUUCCUUCCCAUCUCAACACCCUCACCCCCAUAAGCUGAGCCUAAUGUGAGUUCUUUUAGGGUCUGAAGUGUUCAGAAGCUCCCUCCACUUCUGCCCCCAAAGGAUUCCUGAAGUCAGAUACACACCUGUCCCUGUGGAGAAUGAGCUCCCGUGAUAGUAGCCGGGGUAAGGCAGGGUGGUUUCAAGAGAGCAACCCCACGCACACAUUAAUUUCAGGGCUGUGUCCCUUCAGCAGUGGUAUUCAGAGAAUAUUGCUGGGGAGUCAGGCUCUGGAGCCAGAGACAGUGGGGUUCAAGCCCGGGUUGGUCACCUACAAGCUAAGUGAGCAUAUGCAGGGAACUUUAGCCUCUCUAAGCCCCAGCUUCUUUGUCUCUAAACUGGGAAUAAUAGUCAUCCUUUUCUGUCAGAGCUCUUACAUGGAUUAAAUGAGAAAAUGUAUGUAAAGUGCUUCAGCACAGUGCCCAGCAUAUAAUGAGCAUUCAAUAAAUACUAGUUAAUAUUGUUACUGAUAUAUCACAAUGAUUGUUUUUUCACUUGC